CCUCCACGUCAACAGGAGGCGCUGCUGAUGAAUUUUAAGUACAUUUGCAGCGAGUCAGCUGAUCCGGAAGCGGAUGCAGCAUGCUGUUCAACGGUUUGACAGGCGACCAUUCAUCCAAAAUGCUGAAAAUCACCAUACGGGCCGAUAUAAGUACCAUUUGGGUCUUGUUCUGGAUCGCGUAUUCUCAGUUUUUGGUCGUAUCGUCCGAUGACAUCGUGGUGGCAUGUGGAGGAUUCGUCAAAUCCGAUGUUGAAAUCAAUUACUCGCUGAUCGAGAUUAAACUCUACACUAAACAAGGCUCAUUAAAAUAUCAGACUGACUGUGCUCCGAUCAAUGGAUACUUUAUGAUCCCUCUCUACGACAAGGGAGACUUUGUUUUAAAGAUUGAACCUCCCCUUGGCUGGAGCUUUGAGCCUACCAGCGUUGAGCUCCAUGUGGAUGGAGUCACAGACAUAUGUACAAAAGAACAGGACAUCAAUUUUGUUUUCACUGGCUUUUCCGUAUCAGGCAAGGUCCUCAGUAAAGGCCAUCUUCUUGGCCCAGCUGGAGUAGAAGUUAAAUUGAGCCGAGCAGGAACAGACGAGAAACUCCAGAGUGUCAUCACACAACCCGGGGGAACAUACACCUUUCACAAAGUCCUCCCUGGAAUUUAUGACAUCAUUGCUUCCCAUCCUUCCUGGAUCCUGGAGCAGAGCGCAACCUCAGUGCACAUUUCCACUGCCAAUGCGCCGGCCGCUGACCAUCUGGUGGUCGGAGGCUAUGACGUCUCGGGGGAGGUGCGCAGUGAUGGAGAGCCCAUGAAAGAGGUCACCUUCCUUCUUUACUCGGCCAAAGUGAAAAGAGAGGAUGUAAAGGACUGCAAUUUUUCUCCAGUGGAGGGUGCCGAUUCUGGGGACAGCUCUCUUGUCUACCUGUGCAGUGCCCUCUCUAGGGAGGAUGGCACCUUCAACUUCCCCUCACUGGCUAGUGGAGAGUACACUGUGGUGCCCUUCUACAGAGGAGAAAGGAUCACUUUCGAUGUCGCUCCUUCUAGAAUGAAUUUCAAGGUUGAGCACAGCAGUUUGACACUAGAGCCUAUCUUUCGAGUUAUGGGUUUCUCUGUGACCGGACGGGUUCUGAACAGUGUAGCUGGGGAGGGCGUAGCCGAUGCCACAGUCUCCCUCAACAAUCAGAUAAAAGUUGUCAGCAAAGAGGACGGUUCUUACAGGCUGGAGAACAUGACAGCUGGUACUUACACCAUCCGCGUCCAAAAGGAGCUGAUGUUCUUCGAGCCAAUAACGGUCAAAAUUGCCCCCAACACACCACAACUCCCGGACAUCAUUACAGCAGGGUUCAGUGUUUGUGGUCAGAUCUCCAUCAGCCGCUUGCCUGAGGGCAUGAAGCAGCAGGGUCGCUACAAGGUCACCUUGACACACCAGGGCCAAGACAAGACAUCAGGCCGGGUCAUUGACUCUGACACCCACGGGGCGUUCUGUUUUCAGGCGAAACCCGGAGAUUACAGUGUCCACGUAUCUCUCCCAGAAGCAGAUGUGAAAGCAGGCCUGGCAUUGCAGCCUCAUUCUCUGGAGUUUUCAGUUGUGGACCAGCCUCUCACAGACCUACUCUUUACCCAGUUCAUGGCCUCUGUCUCUGGAAAGGUUUACUGUUUAGCGUCCUGUGAUGACCUGUCGGUAACACUGCAACCAGUUAGCCGACAAGGAGAGAGAAGGAUUGUGCCCUUGUCUGGUAGCAGUGACAUCCUCAGCUUCUCCUUUGACAAUGUUCUACCCGGGAAAUACAAAGUGAGCAUCUCUCACGAGGAGUGGUGUUGGAAGCAUAAAUCCAUGGAAGUUGAGGUCCUGGACUCUGACAUACUGGGGGUGGAGUUCCGACAGAUCGGCUACAUCCUACGCUGCUCCCUCUCCCAUGCCAUUACUCUGGAGUUCUUCCAAGAUGGCAGCAAACCCGAGAACGUGGGCAUCUACAAUCUCUCCAAGGGAGUCAACCGUUUCUGCCUCUCCAAACCUGGCGUUUACAAAGUCACCCCUCGCUCCUGCCACCAGUUUGAACAGGAUUUUUACACUUAUGAUACCUCAGCACCCAGUAUCCUGACUCUUACCGCUGUGCGCCAUCACAUGACAGGGCUCAUCACCACUGACAAGAUCCUCGACGUCACAAUCACUAUCAAAUCGUCCAUUGAAAGUGAGCCGGCACUGGUUCUUGGCCCCCUGCGGAGUCUGGAGGAGCAGAGGCAGGAGCAGCAACUGCAGGAGAUUCAGCUACGGCGCCAGGAACGAGAGCGGCGAGCAGCUGAAGAGGAUGGGACCUCCAAGGAUGAUAGUCCUCCCGUUCAAGAGAGGGCUGAUGAUCUGACAGGCCCCUUCCACUAUGAGUUCUCCUACUGGGCAAGGGCUGGUGAGAAGGUAACAGUUACUCCCUCCUCCAAGGAGCUGCUCUUCUACCCUCCUGAAGUAGAGGCCACCAUCACAGGAGAGUCCUGUCCGGGUCGCGUGGUGGACAUUAUAGGCCGUGCAGGGCUCUUCUUGGAAGGCAAAGUGUCACCGGAACUGCAAGGUGUAGAGAUCUCCAUCAGUGAGAAAGGUGCUACUCUACCACUCAUCACUGUGGCUACUGAUGAGAUGGGAACAUACAGUGUGGGUCCACUCCACAGCGACAGGCAGUAUGACAUCAGUGCCAGUAAAGAAGGUUUUGUCCUGAGUCAAGUGGAGGGAAGCCAGGGAGAUUUCAAGGCCUUUGCUCUGGCUGGAAUCACCUUUAAGAUGAAGUCAGAAGACGGUCAUCCGCUGUCAGGAGUUCUUUUGUCUCUAAGUGGAGGACAGUUUCGCUCAAACCUCUUGACUCAGGACUCUGGCAUCCUCAACUUCAAUAACCUGAGUCCAGGUCAGUAUUACUUCAAGCCGAUGAUGAAGGAAUUCCGUUUUGAGCCGGCAUCCCAGAUGAUUACAGUAGAGGAGGGUCAAAUCCUUAGUAUUGAUAUCACUGGCAUUAAGACUGCCUACAGCUGCUACGGAGCAGUGCUGUCUCUGAGUGGUGAUGCUGAGAGGGAUGUUGCCGUGGAAGCGGUUGGCCAAGGAGACUGUAGCCUCUACAGCGAGGACACUGUCACUGAUGAGGAAGGUCGCUUCCGACUCAGGGGUCUACUGCCUGAUUGCAAAUACCUGAUUCAACUGCGAGCUGAAGGCAACGACCACAUAGAGAGAGCUUUACCUCAGCAAAGAGCCAUAGAGGUCGGCAGCAGUGACAUUGACGGAAUCAACAUCAUCGCCUUCAGACAAAUCAAUCAGUUUGACCUGAGUGGUAAUGUCAUCACAUCCCCUGAACAUCUAGCAACUCUUUCGGUGAAGCUGUAUAAGAGUGACAACUUGGACAACCCCAUCAAUAGUGUUUCGCUUGGCCAGUCCCUCUUCUUCCAUUUCCCGCCACUGGACAGAGAUGGAGAGAGCUACGUCCUGAUGCUGUACUCCACACUGUCCCGCACGCAAUACGACUUCACGCUGCCUCAGGUCUCCUUCACUUCCACAGGCUACCAUAAGCAUGUCACUCUUACAUUCAAUCCCACUCGCAAAGUGCCUGACCAAGAUGUCGCCCAGGGCUCCUAUAUUGCACUACCCCUUACGUUACUACUCCUGUUAGCAGCAUACAACCACGAAAAGGUCAUCCCCUUCCUGCUGCAGAUGGUGAAUCGUAUCCAGGGUGUACGGAGCAUGGCCCAGGCCAGCGGUGACAGCGUCGCUUUGGACGAGGCCAAACGUCAGGCCAAGAGGCAGAAGGCCCGGCGCACAUGACCACCUCAGACCACAUCGUCCUCCUACAUUGAAUAUUGAAUAGUCCACAAGCAGUCAUGGUCGCAACGUCUAAGCAAGCGUUUGUCAACCAUGUCUUCAGGUUUCAGAAUUUUCCUGGAUAUGCAGUCGUCCCUCGUCAUAUCGCGUUUCCAAUUUCCCGGCUCCGCUCUAUCAUGGUUCUUUAUUUUUGUGGUUGACUACAGGCUAUUAGUCAAAAUAGAAUGUUAAAGCAAAGGUUGUGUAUUUUUGGCCCAAAUGAAGCAUAGAAAUAACUAAAACUAAAAUGCAAAUAUGACUUUUAGAACCUGCAAUUGAAAGACGCGUUCAACACUAGUCAUCAGUUGUCAGUAAUGUUGCAGUAUGGUACAUUGAGGAGACAAUAGCCACCGCAGGAAGUACCGCAAGUAAAAAAAAAUUAAAAAAAAAUGAACAAAGGAAAUCUCCAAAUGCUAAUGUGUGAGUCGAAAUUAUGUCUUAUUUUCUAUUAUGUCUACUAUAUUGAAUAAUCUGAUUGUAGAGGUGAUUAUUUAGGCGUUAUAUCAUGUAUAGAUGGCUCUAAUAAGUCUUAAAACCUACUUUUUAAACGUCGUAAACUACAAAUUAAAAAAAAAAAUAUUAAAUCAAAUUAAAUUAAAUAAAAAUAAAUCUACAAAUAAAAAAAAUCCUAAAAAAUAAAAAUCCUAAUUUGUGGAUUAUCACGGUCGGUCAGGUCUGAAGACAAUUGUGUAGCAUUUUUUUCCACAUUUCAAUUCUCUUAAAAAUAUAUAUUUUUUAAAAGACUACAUUUUGCAUCACUAUUGAUUGUGUGGUGGAAAACUGUGCUCAGGUUAGAAAUAUAAUGAUUCAAUAUAUUGUAUGGAAUUUACCCUCAACCAAAAUAUUUCCCUUAUUUAUCCUACCACAUGACUGCUCGUCAUUCCACUUAACUGACAUAAUGUGAUACACUCCACUUAACCUAUAAGUUUAAACGGUGACUGCUUUUCAUUAGCGCUGGAUGCUCGAUCCAGGAUUUUUUUUUUUUUUUCAUUUUAUGUUGAGGGAGGGGGUCGUGGAGAGAAAAUGGGCUUGAUAUAAUUUAUUAACAUGACUGAUUAAAAAUGACUGUGUGUUGUGAUAGUAGGUGUUUUAAUAAUUAUGUUGACUUUGACGACCGUCAGCAGUAAAAUGAUCCAUAUUCUGUCACAUGGCUUCAUAAUUAAAUCUGUGUUUCAGAAUCCCCCCCCUAAACCCCCACCCACCCAAACCCAUCCAUCUGCUCACUGUUGUGACAGAGAUUGAAAACCACUUGAGUUUGUAUCUAAUUGUAGAAAUGUGUUCUAAAAGUACACAUUAUUGAUGACAUGAUUGGUUUGAGGGGAAGAUGCGUGGUGUGUCAUUGUUGAACUUUGUGUUUUUAUAAAGUUGAAGUGGAAGAAAAGUAA